AUUUUUAUUACAAUAAAACUUCCGUUAACGGUCACCUCUAUAGGACGGUCACCUCUAUGUAACGGUCAAUUUGUUUGGUCCCGUCGAGGGUUAUGGGAAAAAUACAUUAAUACUUCUAAAUAGCGGGCACUCUAAUUAACGGUCAACAUUUAAAAGUAUAUCAAAUGGAAAAUUAUUAUUUCGAAAUUAUUUUUGACAGUUUAUCUUAACGAGCUUAAUUUAUGAUGUCGAUAAGGCGAUAACACUAGUCCGUGACUGUGUAUUUUGUCAUUUGUGUUCAGUGUAUGUUUAAAACGUUUCGAAGUACGUACCUAUAAUUUCAAUGGCGUCCAAACGAAAACAUCUAACUUUAACAGAAAAAAUAAAAUUGUUAGAUUUUUACCAAAAAGAAAAUGUGAGUGCACGUACUCUUGCACAUAAAUUUGGAAUUGGAAGAACUCAAGCCACCGACUUAAUAAAAAACAGAGAAACGAUUUUAAAAUUAUGGAAAUCCCACGGUAAUGAUCAAAUGAAAACUACAAAACGUCGUAAAACCGAAUCAGGCAAUAUCAACGAAGUUGUAUACGAAUGGUUUUGUGCAGCUCAUGCUAAAAAUAUUCCAAUCAGUGGACCAAUACUUAAAGAAAAGGCUUUACAAGUAAGUAAAGAAUUUGAAUGUGAAAAUUUUAAAGCGUCAAAUGGUUGGCUUGAUAAAUUAAAAUCACGCUACAAUAUUUCUUGUUAAAGUGGUUUGCGGCUAGAGUAAAUCAGUUGAUACGGA